AAGUCGUAAUGCAACAAAAAGCGAUACCUUACCACGUUAUCGUCAGCCUUCGUCUAUGACGAGUAAACUAAUGUUAAUAUUGUAGUAAAAUGCGCUCCAAUUACGGUACUUAGAUAACGUUAAUAUAGUCUGACCUUACAGGUGGAGAUACACUUAUACCUGCACUAAAAAGUAUUAUUAGGUUUCACGUCUUUGUUAUUUGCUAACUAACGUCAGCCCAGUGUUAGCUUAUCUCACGUUAGUUAGUUAGCUAGCUAGCUAGGUAAACAGGGGUUGAAGUCAUGUAUUUUCCUUGACAUUUAAUUGUAACGUUAGUUGUUCUGUUGUCCGUUUCCAGCAGGGUCAGAAGAAGGUGACGUUAGGAUGUCGAAUGAUCUUGCUGGUGUGUGGGAGGUGGCACUGAGCGAUGGAGUCCACAGGAUAGAGUUUGAGCAUGGCACGACCACCGGGAAAAGGGUCAUCUACGUUGAUGGAAAGGAGAUACUGAGACGGGACUGGAUGUUCAAACUUGUGGGGAAGGAGGCAUUCAAUGUGGGCAAAUCAGAGACUAAAGCAACCAUCAACAUUGAUGCAGUCAGCGGUUUUGCCUAUGAGUACACCUUGGAGAUCAACGGGAAGAGCUUGAAGAAGUACAUGGAGAACAGAUCAAAGGUCACCAGCACCUGGGUUCUCAACUUGGACGGCAUUGACUGCAGGGUGGUCCUGGAGAAAGACACCAUGGAUGUUUGGUGCAAUGGACAAAACAUUGAGACUGCAGGGGAGUUUGUGGACGAUGGCACAGAAACGCAUUUCACACUCGGAGACCACAACUGCUGCGUGAAGGCUGUGAGCAGCGGGAAGAGACGAGACGGGAUCAUUCACACGCUGCUCGUGGAUGGCACAGAGAUAGCUGAAUGCACAGAGUGACUGCAUGUGUGUUUACAUUUGUAUGAAAGCAGAGAUGUGGUGCAUACGUGUGACUUGAUAUCUAUGUGAAAUAGAGGCAGAGUGUAGAGUUGGAGUCGGGGACCAGUUGGCAGAAAUAUGUUUUGGUGGCCAUGCUGUGCAGGGUAUAUUAGCCAUAUAUUGGUCCUGUAAGGGUUGUUCUGUAUUUAAUAUAGUAUAGUAAGGGUUGAAGACAGGACCUGCAGUCUGGGCAGUUUAACAAAAGAUGUUGCAGCUAUACAUUUCAGCCUCAAAAAGGGAUUUACGGUCUCAAAGUGCAACUUCACACUGAAAAACCUUUGAGUUGUAAACUGGUACUGUACAUUGAUAUAAAUGCUGUCAGUUUCAGUAAUAUUAUCAGCGUUAGAAGCCAGACGUGCCAUAUUUAUUUGACUCAGCCUGGCUCGGUUUGCCCUGUGGUUGUUGACAUUUGGCAGCUGGUGUUCACUUAGGUCAUAGUGGAUAGGACUGAGAUUGUCUUGCUUCAGAGACGUACUCCACCUGUUGUCAUCUUGGAGAAAACCACCACCCACUUUACAGAUAAGCAGUAAACCCCAGACUCUACCUGUUCUCCCUGCUCUUCAUGCUCGCUUUCUUGUAUUUUUCAAUAUCGCGCAGUAGGAGGAUUAGCAGGCCACGAGAUUAUUCCUUCCAUUCUCAGAAGUGAUCAUUGUUUAGUACUACGUUGAUGUGUUGGUCUUUCUGUGAUUGGUCCAGCCAGUUGAUAUUACAGUAAUAUGUAAUUAGCUUUUGGCAGACUGCUGAAGAUGUGUCAAACAUUCUAGGGUACAUUGUAUACAAUUGAAACGCUGAAGUUUCAUAGACAAUCAUUAGGUAGUGACGUUGUUGCCAGUAAUAAAUCAUAUAGACAGCUGAAGCAAAUCACUGAUAUCCAGACAUAUUCUCUGACUCUGUGUCAUUCUCAGAGAUGUGUUGAAUCCUGUUGGUGCUGUCAAAUUAUUAGUCUCUUUUUUUAUGUAAAGGCCAGAUGUUGUGGUGACACAGAAUUUAAGCUAAACAUUUUUUUUUUUAUUUUAUAAAGUCAUGGUCAGAAAUUAAAGAUUGAAAAUGUUUCCAAUGUAUCUCAAAUGCUUUCAUUUUGAAAAGAAAGGCAUUUACUUAUAGAGCACUCAUAAAAUAAGUGAAAACACAAAACCAUAAACAUCAGUUUUGACCAAUAGAAAAAAGAAGUGAACUCCAUGACAACUGUGGAAGUCAUCAACUGAUGACUGCUUGAUGCAGCUAAAGGCUAAGGUUUUUAUUAUUAUAUUUAUUUAUGAUAGUAUGAAAGGCAUGGACUGUGUUUCCAUAUUCUCUGAAGUAGUGUUGUGACAUAAUUAGAUGUCAAUAGAAAGUGCUAAAUUUUUUAAACAAGAAAGAAUACAAUAAAUUAAUUUUUUGUUUAACAUUCUUUAAUUGUGAUAUCAACAUCAGACAACCAGCUGCCCCCACGGGCUCCAUCACAAUUUCCAUGUUGAGUUUGAUAGUUUUAUGAACAAUUUACAAUUAUUUUACAAUCAGGUUCUUGUAGCCAAAGCUUUUCACGUCUGCCCAUUAUAUGAAGGGUUAUAUUAGUUGUCCUCUAAAUAAAAUAAAAUCAGUUUUAUGUCUAUCACUGUAUACAAUGUUUGCAUAUAUGGUAGCAUAUGGUGCCACUAAAAAAGUACUCAUCCAGCGGUAAAAGUAUACUAUUGUUGCUAUAAGUUUAACCUAGUCACCCAAAAACAAGUAAUGAAA